UUGGAGAUCCGACAACUUCACGAUUUGGUUCCUUGAGAAUGGAGGAAAUAUGCAGAGUUUGCAUGGGAACGUCCGGAGAAUUCAGGAACAUUUUUGACGAAAGACCAACAAUGGAUACGUGCAUUGGUGACAUGAUAUCGCAGUGCACAGGGAGGAUGGAGGAAAUAUGCAGAGUUUGCAUGGGAGCGUCCGGAGCAUUCAGGAACAUUUUUGACGAAAGACCUACAAUGGAUAUGUGCAUUGGUGACAUGAUAUCGCAGUGCACCGGGUACGUGGUAAAGCGAGGGGACUCACUACCAGAAAACAUAUGUCUCCCUUGUCUGGAGGAUGCUAUGAGUGCCUUCAAUCUUAAGUCCACCUGUGAGCAGAACCAUACAUUCUUUUUAACGCUGAUGGACAAGGAUAAGGACGUUUGGCUACAUUCAGAUGACAGAACUGAGCAAUCGAAACAUCAAGAUGAUAGCAAUAACAGUGAUAAUUGUGAACGACUCUUCAAAUGCUCCGUCUGUCCAAAGUCCUUUCCAAGAAAAUCCCACCUCACUGAGCACAGCCAUAGUCACACUGGGGAGCGACCGUACACGUGUCCACACUGCGCGAAGUCAUUCUCUCAAUCCAGAAUUCUUCGGAAUCACAUCCGUACUCACACAGAUGAGCGAUCAUUCUACUGCGCCCACUGUUCGAAGUCAUUUAAACUGAAAGGCCAGCUAAUCGUACACAGCCGUACUCACACAGGGGAGCGACCUUACAAGUGUUCCUACUGCGCGGUGUCGUUUAAACAGCUCGCCCAUCUUACCUCACACGUACGCUCCCACACAGGAGAAAGACCCUACAAAUGCUCUCACUGCCCAAAAACCUUCACACAAGUGCCCAAUCUUAAUAUGCACAUUCGCACGCACACGGGUGAAAGACCCUACAAGUGCACCGAAUGCUCAAAGUCUUUUGUACAAAACUACCAUCUCAAGGAACACAUCCGCACGCACACUGGGGAGCGACCAUUCAAGUGUACGCAGUGCCCCAAGUCCUUUCAAAAAAAUGCAAAUCUUCUUGAACAUACCCGUACUCACACGGGGGGGCAACCAUAUCAAUGUCCACAAUGUCCAAAAACCUUUCUUGCUCGAGCGUAUCUUAAAAUUCACAUACGAACUCACACUCGCAACGCAGAGCUACCGUAUAAGUGUUCUCACUGCUCUGACACCUUUGCCCAAGUGGGAAUUCUCCAGGCUCAUAUGCGUUCGCAUACGGAUGAACACGAACGACCUUACCCAUGUCCCCACUGCUCCGAAUGGUUCAGCUUGGAAGAUAACCUGAAGACUCACCUCCGAACGCACAUGGGUGAAGGACCCUACCAAUGCAACGAAUGCUCAAAGUCUUUUAUACAAAAAUACCUCUUUGAAAGACACAUCCGUACGCACUCAGAUGAUCGACCCUACCAGUGCUCUCAGUGCUCCAAGUCCUACAAACAAAAGGCCCAUCUCAGCAGUCACAUACGGGUUCACACUGGGGAGAAUAACGACAUUUCUAGUGUUUCCACUGGAGAAGAGACCCAAUCGAAGCCUCUUGAAGUGGAGGGACCCCAUAAAUGCUCUCACUGCUCGAAGUCAUUUAAGAUACAAUCCCAUCUCCAAAUACACAUCCGUGUUCACACGGGAGAUCGACCGUAUAAGUGCUCUGACUGCUGGAUGUCGUUUAAACAACACUCCCAUCUUCGAAUGCACAUACGCUCCCACACAGGUGAAAGACCCCACCAAUGCUCCCAAUGCUCAAAAGCCUUCUCAGAAGAAUCCAAUCUUAGAAGACACAUGCAUACGCACACAGAUAAACGACCGUUCCAAUGCUCCGAAUGCCCAAAGUCUUUUAUAAGAAAAGCCCGUCUUGAAAGACACAAAGAAAAAGACCAUCUCAACGAACACAUACCUGCUCAUACUGGAGAGAUAAUCGAUCCAUCUGGUGCACCCACUGCGAUUCCAGACAUCAACAGCAUUUAAAGAACCAAACGACACCUCCAGUACCGUCGAUUGCACUAUCAGUUCGGAGAGCAAGUGCCCGGAGUGCUUGGACAAUGUCUGCCAGCGUCUGCUCAUCCAGCAGCCAGAGUUCUUUGGACUGCGAUACCUCGUCCGUGGAAAGGAGGACGAGUAUAAAUAGAUCGAUCUGGAGCGAUCGCUGUGCCGCCAGCUGGAGAAGUAUGCGGCGUGGCCAAAGAUCUACCUGCGAGUGCGCCACGAUGUGACGACGGGUGUGCGGCAUCUGAGCGACGAAGCCACCAGAUUCUACUACUUUCUGCAGCUAAAGAGCGACAUUUAUGAGGGGAAGAUUGCCUGUGACAUCCGUACAGCCAUCCUGCUGUCUCUGUACUGUCGCCAGGCUGAGUACGACUGCUAUCAGAGGGACAAGCAGAGCAAGGACGCAAUCAGCCAGGACGCGAGCAAGCUACGACGCACGAUCCAUCGCGCAUAUAUGUAUUUCUAUAUAUGUACGUUACUUAUACACACAUCGGUGCAGUGCGUUAGUAUAUGAACUAUAUAGUCGACGGAAUCUGGCUAAUCACAGUCGCAGCGCCUGCGACUUUGUCAAUAGCCUGUUGAUUAUACAGCUGGACAAAAUAUCGAUAGAACGGUCUAUUGGUGACAUCGAUGUUUUCUGAUUUUUCGCACCAGAACCACCGAUGUUUUCCAGCUCAAUUGACAAAACAGUCUGCUAAAAUAGUUAAUAUUAUAACAGAGAAUUUUUCCAUUGAAUACUUUUCAUUAAAUUGAUUAAAAUUGAUAUGCAAAUCA